ACUGCUUCUUGCGCUGCCUACUUCACUUCAUGAAGCGGAGAUAGGCCUACUGUCAGCACGUCCAUCAGCCCCGCAACUACAAGAAAUGCAAUAUAACAGGGACCCAGACACUGUUGUGACCAUCGUCAACCCUGUGGAGCAUCCCAGAGACUAUGUGGUAUGGUCCAUCUGCAGCUUCUUCCACGCAAACCCCUUUUGCCUCGGACUGGCGGCGCUGAUCUUCUCAAUCAAGGCAAGGGACAUGAAGGUGAUGGGAGACCUGCAGAGAGCCAAGGGGUACAGCAAGUGGGCUCUGGGCCUCAACGUGGCCGCGCUGAUCAGUCUUGUUUUGAUUGUCUUUUGUCUUAUUAUUUAUUUAAGCGUUGUAGCCGUUCAGGUUAGGAACGCUGUCCUUGAGAACUAUCGCUUUGAGCACAACAACCGCAAUAGCUAUCCUUAUGGGAGUGGCUAGGAACAUGACCCUACCAAUGUCAAGAAGUUAAUUGCCCCUAUGCCAAAAACAAUAAUGAAGCUGAAUUUAAUUAAAUUACCCAGUAAUGCGCUUUGCAUCAGCACAGCAAAAUAAAUAUUAGUCGUUAUUUUAAGCCACCUUUCAGAAAUAAGUGGAUUCGAAAAUAGUUUCAGCAGCCGCCCAAGCGAGCUCUCCAAGUUAAUGAUGCAUAAUGUCCUUAAAAUAACCCCUGGGUAGACCACCAAAGCACUUGAUGACAGUAGUCCAGAUGCAGCGGAAGACCAUUAUGGUUACAAUUUUCAAUUUAAUGUAGGCCUAUAUUAUACUUAAGAAAUAGAUCGGGGAAAGAUAUGUAAAAAAUACUUUUUCUAGCUCUUGCAACAUUAAGGCACUUCAUCUGAAUGGGGGUCUUUGGCUGAAUGUACUGAAUGUUACUACACUUUGCAUAAAAAAUUCAGCUAAAAUAAAUGUUUUACAAUGUAACAUGGUUUUAAAUAAUACAUGCGCUAUUUGUCUGGUUAUAGUAUCAGAGAGUACAGUCGCUAGUGGUGCCGAGAUGAUGCCUCAUGAAACGUCAAAGCCUCGCAGCCAGAUGAACCAUCAAAGUGGUUCGACCUCGAAGCUUCAAAUGAGUAGGCUACGCUAGGGACACCUAGUGGUGAAUGAAAUUAUGAUGAAAGAAAGAGUUUCCUGUGAUGAUGUGAUGUUUGCUUCGUACAACAUCAAAUCGUUUAAGAAUUAAAGUCAUUUCAGUGAUACGUGUGAGUGUGCCGUUCAUAAAUAUCUCCCGAGCUCAUGGUAGAGAACAAAUCAUUUGUCAAAGAUUUUAAGUCAUCCCGGGCAAAAUAGAUUGUCUUACAACUACAGUAGCCUACUAAUAAUUGUAAUAAUAUAACUGCAUGAUGACUGAGAAUGAGUGUGAUUAAUUACAUAGCCAUAAAAGUGAUCUUGGAACUGGGUAGGGUCUUCUUUUUGUAAAAAUGAGCCAAUUGUGAACCCAUAUCGCGGAACAGCCCGAGAUGAAGCCUCGAACGUCACACGCUACGUCAUUUCGCCUAUGUGAAUCCUACUCGAUACGGAGCUUCGCUGGGGGAGGAGCCGAGGUACUCGACACACGCCCCGAUGCCUCGACGCAAACCAUAACAUCACUAACAGUCGCUCUAACCUUUGUAGUAAUGGCGGCCUGUGGCAAUGUUGAACUUCAAGUGCCAAUUAUGGCGCCACCUAUGUGUUAUCCUAUCCCAUCCUUUGAAUCCCCUUAAUCAUUUUGAAAGUUCUACAAGCCUACCAAUUUUUAUAACUUUCAUGGAGUAAGAUAAUAAAUAUACUUGCAAGCAACAAUGAUAAUGUCCUACAGUAUGACGGCUAUAGCCUAAUGAAUACAUGAUAGUAAUCAUUAUUUGCCUUCAUGCCAUGAUACAGAACAUGGUUAGUCGAGGCGAUUCGAACCAGCAACCCCAUGGUCAUGUGGCAGACACCAUACCACUACACAGACAUGUAGACAUGUAGCCAUGUAGACAGACAAGAGCAGAUUAGACCAUUUAUUUUGGAGCAGUCUUCCAUGUGUCGAGUUAUUGGUCGAUAGGGUCACAUGUCAUAUGCCUCAAAAAAUCGAUAUGAUGAAAUAUAUAUAUUU